AUUGUAUGGAAUGAUUGUGUGGCAUGUAUAGGACAAAUGUUACUAUAAAGACUAUGGUUAGAAAAAAAAUAUAACCGUCACGGAAUGGUUGGUUAAACGUAACAAUAGUAACUAUACACUGUGGAUCUCAAAACAAAAACAAAAACGAAAAAACAAAAGUAACUUGUAACUGUGGUCAUGUUGCAGAGGCUGACUCAUUCACCUUUUUGCCUUAUCCUCCUGGCUCUGAAGUUUCUUUGAAAGCCUCCUCUGCCGCCUUUCUCCAACGUGUCUUAAAAUUAUCCACCACAUCAUCUCUCUUCCGUAUCUUUUUUUUCUUUAUAUACUCAUAAUGAGACCAUAAACCAAAAUCUCCUCUCUUUUUCUCCCCUUACUUUUCUUCCUUACCAAAUAUAGCAACAAAAAAAACAUUUUCUGCCUAAGAAAAAUACUAAGUUUCUGUCAUGGAGGUCCCGAUAAUAAACAGAAUAAGCGAUUUUGACGUGGGGAUAAACUCGAUAAACGACCCGUCGUAUUUAUCUCGAGCUUUGGCCGUCUCCGGCGUCGGAAAGUUACAUCAAGCUUAUAGUUUCUGGAAAUGGGGCGCUUUAUUGCUACUUGCAUUUUUUGCUUCAUUUACAUCGUUAACUACAAGAAUCAAGGCUUUAGUCUUUAGAUUAAGAAACGUAAACGUGUCUCUACCUUCCCCAACUCUUUUGUGUAAUUACGACAGCGAUUCCGAUUGGUCUUUUGCGUCAGACUCUUCAGACGAAGAUGAUGACGAUGACAAAGAAGAUGAAUCGGUCAAUGGAGAUUUACGCGUUAAAAGAUUUAGUUAUUUCCAUGAUGAUGAUGAUAAGGCUAUAAAUGGUAAUGUCCCCUGGUUGCGGCGGUGCAGUGGUAGCUUCGGAGACUUGUUAGAUUUAGGCUCGAGCGGAGUCGUGAAGCUUUGGGACAAUCUUGAUUUCAACGGAGAAGGAAGUCACCAUAACGCGGUGGCUUCUUUUUUGAGCAAAUGCGGCUCUUACUCGUUGUUGUCGUCGACGGUUUUAUUAGCGGCGGAGAAGAAAGGAUCCGACGGCCUGGAAGUGAGUGCGUGGGAUGCACGCGUCGGUUUUGGGGUCCCCGCGUUGCUCGCGGAAUGGAAGCAGCCGGGGCGGUUGCUUGGGAAGAUCAUUAGGGUUGACGUCGGUGACGUGGACAAGAUCUACGUCGGUGAUGACGUCGGAGGAGAGAUUACUGUGGGAGACAUGAGGAUGGUUAACGGUGCGUUGACAGAACUGACGGAAUCAGAGGUUGAGGGAAUGGUGAGAAGACGCCGACGCCGACGCCGUCAUUGAUGAGCUGACGGUUCCGUUUGGAAGAUGUAUUGAUGAUAAAUGAUUGGCCCAAUUUGUCUGUCUUGUAAAUAAUUUGUUCAACAUUUUUUUUUUUUUUUGUAAAUAAUUUGUCUGUCUUGUAUUUUUUCAAUUUAGUUUUUAUUUUUUUGGCAAAAAAGAAAUGAAAUAAAUCUCUUAUUUUGUUCUUUUAAAUAAAGAAAUUCAAACUCCUGUUGUCGUGUAUUUUGGAUUUCAUGUUAACCUUUUUUUUUUAGUAGACUCGAAAAUAUAUGAUAACUUUUUUUUUUUGG